AUGAUCAAGAGCGUCUUCUCAACCGCAUGCAGGCCAUUCUCCACUAGCGCAAGAGCGCUGAAUGAGUCACCAGUGUCGUUCGCGGGCAUUGCGCAGGCGAUCAACGCUAGUAAUCCGGUAUCGAACGUGAUAUCGCCGGGCGAGGAGCCGGGCUCCAAAAGCAGCAAGAAGCGCGGCGAGCACACCGUCAAGUACAUUCUUAACUGUCUGUUCACAAAGAACAACACGCAUUUCACAUAUUCCGCGGUUGUUGAGGACCUAAACUACCUCAAGAACAACGCCGACGCUUCCUACAACGACAAGUUUCUGUACUACCUGAAACUGCCCCAGAAGGUCAAGUUCCGCGUCUCCACCGGGAACCUGGGGUUUCGCAAGGCUGCGCGUGGCGAGUACGAGGCUGCGUUCCAGACCAGCGCCCGUCUCUUCCAGAUGAUCCACCAGAAAAAGCUGCUGGACCGCAACAUCGAGAUUGUGCUCAAGGACUUUGGUAAGGGCCGCGAGGCGUUCACAGCCGCGCUCAACGGUAAAGAGGGUACGGCCGUGCGCCGCAACGUGGUGCGCGUCAGCGACGCCACGCCGAUCAAGUUUGGUGGCGUGCGCGCCCCAAGACAGAGGAGGUUGUGA